AUGGAUCCAUCCCAAAUAUCAUCCUCUUCUUUAUCUUCAAAUGGAACUUUUGAGUUCUAUAAUUCUAUAUUAGCUGCAUUUGAUGAGGAGAAAAAUAUGUUGUUUGCUGCUGGACAAACGUUUUCGACAUAUUAUUUUGCUGAUGUCCCUCGAUAUCUAGAGGUAAAAUUUCGCAGACGUUUCCAUAUGCGUAAAAGUUUGUUUUAUUGCAUUAUUGAUGCAGACAAGAAUCAUGACAACUACUUUGUGCAACAACGUGAUGGAAUUGGUAGGCUUGGAUUGUCAUCCCUGGUAAAAUUCACUGCUUGUUUUCGUAUGCUAGCAUAUGGUGUAUCAGCUAAUUCACUUGAUGAUUACUUGAAAAUUGGUGAAUCUACAACAAUUAGAUGCAUGCAAAAGUUUUGUCGGGCUGUUGUAGAGAUCUUUGCAGAGAGAUAUCUUAGAAGGCUAACAACCAAUGAUGUUGCCAGACUCCUUUAUAUUGAAGCAUUUAACUUAUUUGCGGAGCUUGCUGCAGGUAAAGCACCUCCAUGCACGUAUUUUAUUAAGAAUAAGCAAUAUGAUGUCAGUUAUUACUUAGCAGAUGACAUAUAUCCUAAGUGGUCUACACUUGUCCAAACUAUUCAUGAUCCUCAAGAGAUGAAAAAACAAUAUUUUGCCACCAAACAAGAGUCAUGUAGAAAAGAUGUUGAAUGUGCUUUUGGUGUUCUUCAAUCACGUUGGGCAAUUGUUAAGAGUCCGGCACGUUUUUGAAAAAAAACGGUUCUACAUGACAUCAUGACUGCAUGUAUCAUUAUGUAUAAUAUGAUUAUUGAGGAUGAGCGUGAUUUAUCAGCACCCAUUAGGGAAUUUAAUCAUGUGCCUAGGCCUACAGUUGAAAUGCUUGGUAAUGAAGAUGAACGAUUUACUCAGUUUCUUGCCCGAAUCAGGUAA